ACCUGACCUUAGUCCAUCCAGAUCAAUAGGGAAGUGAGGGUGGAAAGAAGAAGAAGAGGAAGAAAUAAGGGGCGCAACCGGAUCGUUUACACUGGCUGUUCCAGAGGAAAUAUAGACUUCCCUUGCUUGCACCUUUUGUUGCUCACAUGCUCACACUGUAAAAGUGGAUAUCGAGGCAAUUCCCUUGCUUUGUGAGAUUGCAGCAGACUUUUUUCCCCCCCUUUUCCUACCAACAUGUCUUUCCCUCAGCUGGGAUAUCAGUACAUCCGACCGAUAUACCCGCCGGAGCGCCAGGGGAUCGCCAGCAAUGCCCGGGCCGGGACAGAGCUCAGUCCGUCCGGCGCACUCUCCAACGUCCUCUCCACUAUGUAUGGAUCUCCUUUCGCCGCGGCAGCGCAGGGCUAUGGAGCGUUUCUCCCCUACUCUAACGAUAUAUCCAUUUUCAACCAAUUGGGUGCUCAGUAUGAACUGAAAGACAGUCCCGGUGUCCAGCACCCAGGGUUUGCCCACCAUCACCCUGCUUUUUACCCAUAUGGCCAGUAUCAGUUCGGUGACCCGUCCAGACCCAAAAACGCCACCAGGGAGAGCACCAGCACCCUGAAGGCCUGGCUCAGUGAGCACCGCAAGAACCCCUACCCAACCAAGGGCGAGAAGAUCAUGCUGGCCAUCAUCACCAAAAUGACCCUCACCCAGGUGUCCACCUGGUUCGCCAACGCCAGGAGGAGGCUAAAGAAGGAGAACAAGAUGACCUGGGCCCCCCGGAACCGCACCGACGAAGAGGGAAAUGUUUACAGCAGCGAUCACGAGGGGGAGGAGGGGGACAAGAGGGAGGACGAGGAGGAGAUCGACUUGGAGAACAUCGACACGGAAAAUAUUGAGAACAAGGACGACUUGGACGACCAGGACGACCUGCAUUCAGAUAUUAAACUAGACGGGAGGAGUGACUCAGAGAUUUCUGACGGCUAUGAGGAUUUACAAGGGCCCGACCAGAGGUUUCUAAAGGCUGUGGGGAAAGAUGGCAAAGACGUGGAGAGAGGAGGAGAGCACUUCCACAGCCACCACCACCACCAUCACCACUCUUCAUUGGACAUCAAAGCGUCCCAACCAAACGGGGAACAGCUCAAACUGAACCCGGUCUCCGUUAGCUCGCCGCCCUCAGAAAACAACCCUGCGCCAGCCCAAAAGCCAAAGAUCUGGUCUUUGGCAGAGACAGCCACGGCCCCUGACAAUCCGCGCAAAUCGCCACAAAUGAACGGCAGCAACUCCGCAGGGCCGGCCGCCCAGACCAUAAUAGCCCCUCACAGACUCAUCUCUUCUUGUCCCGUUGGGAAAAUCCAGAACUGGACGAACCGAACCUUCUCGGCGCAUCAGCUGGCUUUACUGAACUCAAAUCAUUAUCUGGGACUGGCAAACCAGGCCACUGCCACCGGCCUGGCCCUCUACAGCAGCAGGCAAACGGAGGACAAGAGUCAUAGUUCAGAGACUCCAGUCACAGGUACAUGUCCCCGACACUGAGACGCGCAUGUAUAAAUAGGCCUAACUACAAAACAAAGACACUAGUCCAUUGCUCGUCAUUCAUUUCUAUUAUUUUAGACCUCCUUUUUGCCUUCAUGGAUUUUUUUUCUGUCUCUAGGCCACACAGAUGAACAGUGUUACAAUGUUAUAGCUUACAGAGUACAGUGUAUGUGUGUGUGUGUGUGCGUGUGUGUGUGUGUGUG